AUGGGCAGCAUCGCGCUUCUCGUCCUCGUCUGCACGUCGUCGUGGCUGCUCCUCCCUCACCCUGCCGCGGCGGCCACGGCACCGAAGCUGCCUGUUCGGGCGGUGAACCUCGGCGGCUGGCUGGUGACGGAGGGCUGGAUAAAGCCGUCCCUCUUCUAUGGCAUUAGGAACAACGACACCAUGGAUGGAACCCAACUCCAGUUCAUGUCGGCCACCCAGAAAAGGUACCUCGUUGCUGACAAGGGAGGGGGCGCCGCCAUCCUCGCCGACCGGGUGAAUGCGUCCGGCUGGGAGACCUUCAGGCUGUGGAGGAUCAACGAGACGACCUUCAACUUGAGGGUGAACGGCGGGCAGUUCUGGGGCGUCAACAAUACCGGUGCCCUUGUGGCGACGGCCACCACGCCUGGGCAAUCCGAGACGUUCCAGCUCGUGCGCAGGGACAGCGACAAGAGCCGAGUGCGCAUCAGGGCGCCAAAUGGGUUCUUCUUGCAGGUGAAGACAAUGGCAUCAGUGACGGCGGACUAUGGCCAGAAUACAAACUGGAGUGACAAUGACCCCUCAGUUUUUGUAACAAACAAUGUUGGUGGCUUACAAGGGGAGUAUCAGUUAUGCAAUGGCUAUGGCAUAGCAAAUGCAACACAGGUGCUCAUGAACCACCGGAACAUAUUCAUAACUGAGAGGGACUUCAAUUUCAUGGCGUCAAGUGGACUGAAUGCGGUCAGAGUCCCGGUUGGAUGGUGGAUCGCCAGUGGCGACAACCCUCCUCCUCCUUUCGUUGGAGGCUCUCUCCAAUUCUUGGACAAGGCAUUCAGCUGGGGACAGAAAUACAACAUUAGUGUUAUUGUCACAUUGCAUGCUGCGCCGGGUUCACAGAACCCAUAUGAGCACAGCGCAACCAGAGACGGGUCACAGGAGUGGGGCAAUACCGAUGCAAACAUCGCCCAAACCGUGCAAGUCAUCGACUUCCUUGCAAAAAGGUACGCGAACAACACAGCCCUCUUGGCCAUCGAGCUGCUCAAUGAGCCGUUGGCACCGGGAGCAAAUCUGUCUGUACUCACGAAAUACUACCAGGACGGCUACAAUGCAGUGCGUCGGUACACACCGGCAUCCUAUGUGAUCAUGUCUAACAGGUUAAACAUAGCAAACCAGACCGAGAUCCUUCAGUUCGUGGGCAGCUUCGAUGGCGCCGUCCUCGACGUACAUUACUACAACCUGUUCGACAGCAAGUUUGACAGCCUCACUGUAGAGCAGAACAUCGACUUUGUGAGGAACAACCGCUCCUCCGACCUCAAAGCUAUCACAAAUCAGAAUGGGCGGCCUCUCACGUUUGUGGGAGAAUGGUCGGCCGCGUGGGGCGUGCAAGGUGCUAAUAAGACUGACUACCAGAGGUUUGCGAAAGUGCAGCAAGAUGUUUACGGAAAUGCUACCUUUGGAUGGGCAUACUGGACGCUUCAGAACCCCUUUCAACCCUGGAACAUGACGUAUAUGAUUCAGGAUGGAAUCAUCAUACUGAAGAGCUAG